AUGAAGAGAGAAGACAUUACCUACCUGGGUGCUGGCCCUGCCAGUCUCCCCACCGAUGUUCUUGCCACAGCUGCCCAGGCGCUGCAGAACUACCAAGACACUGGACUUGGUGUCGCAGAACACAGCCAUCGCAGCGAAAUCGCGACAAAUAUCCUGAAUGGCGCCAAGGCUGACCUUGCCAACUUCCUGGAUAUCCCCGACACCUACGAGAUCCUCUUCCUGCAAGGUGGUGGAUCCGGCCAAUUCGAUGCGACCGUUUACAACCUCGUCUCGAUCUGGGCUGAGAAGCAGAGACAGCAGAUCAUCAAGGAGAAGGCCGGUAUCAGUGAGGAUGAAGUCAUUAGCGAGCUGCGCAAGAAGGUCGAGUCGGAAUUGAAGCUGGACUACCUGGUCACUGGAUCAUGGUCGCUGAAGGCCAGCCAGGAAGCCAUUCGCCUUCUUGGCUCUGAGUAUGUCAACAUCGUCAGCGACUCCAGGACCGUCAACGACGGCAAGUUCGGAAAGAUCGCAGACGAGUCGACCUGGAAGCUGAGCCGCAAGGCUGCCCUGGUCUACAAGUGCGAGAACGAGACUGUUGAUGGCGUUGAAUUCCCCAGCUUCCCCAAGGUUCUCGAGCCCAAGGGCACGGACGAGGAUCCUAUCGUCGUUGGAGACUUCUCUUCUACCAUCCUGUCUAGGCGUAUCCCCGUCCAGAACUACUCGAUCAUCUUCUUUGGAGCUCAGAAGAACUUGGGUGUUGCUGGAAUCACGGGAGUGAUCAUCAAGAAGGACCUUUUGCCUCCUGUUUCUUCCCCUUGCUCUCCUGCCAUCCUGCGCAAGCUCGGCUUGCCGAUCGCACCCACCAUCCUUGACUACUCUGUUGCCGCUAAGAACAACAGCUUGUACAACACUCUCCCCAUCUUCGAUGUCUACAUUGCAGGCCAGGUUCUGAAGAAGCUGCUUGCCUCAUUCCCCGACAAGGUGGACGGACAACAGGCUGUGGCCGACAGAAAGGCCAAGCUCAUUUAUGAGACGCUUGACGCCUACCCCGAGGUUUACAAGGUUGUCCCCGCCAAGGAGGUGCGUUCAAGAAUGAACGCCUGCUUCCGUGUGAUCAAGGGCGGCAACGUCGACGAUGCCGAAAAGGCCUUCCUGAAGGGUGCUGUCGAGCGUGGCAUCACUGGCCUGAAGGGUCACAGAAGCGUCGGAGGUAUCCGUGCGUCUAACUACAAUGCCAUUCCCGAGUCGGGCAUUGAGAAGCUUGCCGCGUACUUGAAAGAGUAUGCUACGGCAUAA